AUGGUAUCCAUCAAUGGGCUAGUCAACGCGCACUACAACGGGUCGUAUCUCCUCACCGCCUCUUUAUCCGCUUAUUCCGGGACCAUAUUUCGGGAUGAAGCCCGCGACAAAUCUGACACGUACGACAAAUAUGACGGAACGAAGUCGUAUGGCGCAACGCCGUAUGUCGUGGCCCCUUUCGAUCCCACGCGCAAUGGGAAACCGCUGACUGACCUCAUGCAAACAGCUACCAAUGCAACACGCACCUUUAGAUUCCCGGAUGGAG